GCAAGCCGCGGGAGAUGCCACUUAAGCUAACGCGAUUCGAAGGUGCACCGGCUUUCCUGCGCCACAACCCGUUCAUCCGCCGUGGCUACCGGGUCCUCUACACCCCACGGCAGUGCCUGCGAAGCGUGUUCCAGUGGAACAACGAGACGCUCAACAUCUGGACUCACCUGGUCGGGAUCCUCUUCUUCGGCGGCGUGCUCGUGCGAGACGUACGGUACCGGCUCCCCGACGUCAAGGCGACGUUCGCCGACUCGGUCAUCGUGGUGGCCGUCGUGUGCGCGUACAUGACCACCCUGACUCUGUCCGUGCUGUACCACACGUUCAACUGCCACUCCAAGGAGGCCUACAGCAGGCUGCUGCAGUACGACCUGGCGGGCGUCGGCCUCGGUCUAAGCUCGACAGUCGCGUCGGGUGUCGUGAUGGCCUUCCGGGAGCACGCCUUCUUCAUGUGCCUGUACGUGAGCGUGGAGGCUCUUCUCCUAGCCGUCGUCGUCGCCAGGAAAGACCGCGACAACGCCCUGGUCCUCUGCAGCCUGGCCGCUUUCGGCCUGGUACCAACGUUCCACUGGCUCUACCUGGCCCCGCCCUGGAUGUGGUCGGUGCUGCCACGAGUGGCGCUCAUCUUCGUCUACGCGGCCGUCGCGUACCUCGUCCUGGCGGGACGCUUCCCGGAGCGGUUCUUGCCGGGCCGCUGCGACUACGUCGGGGCGAGCCACCAGAUAUGGCACGUUCUGGUGCUCUUCAUGACCUACUGGUGGCACGAGACGGCGUUCGAGCUCAUACGAUGCCGGAACGGCAUGUGCCGUACAUGAGGCGCCAUGCGGCUAUGGUGUCUUUCUUUUUUCCUUCUUUUUUUUUCCAGUUCAAACGUGCAUCGACACU